AUGGCGGCGAGACUAUCCCUCAAUACUCGUAGUCGCCUACUGCGAACACCUUUAUUUUCUACAGUUUCACGCUCAACCCCACUUCUUCCGAGGACCGCGUCGCUACUUGUGCCAUAUGCUAAACACACCUCCAUUUCUUCCAUACGCCAUUAUGCCAAUGGCCGGCCUCAUCCCCCCGGUGGUACCCAUCGUAUGGACAUGAGCGGAGAGCCAGAAAAGCCUGCUUUGGAAAAAUUUGGUGUCGAUUUGACAGCGAAAGCAAAGGCGGGAAAGCUGGAUCCGGUUAUCGGAAGAGAUUCAGAGAUACACCGAACGAUCCAGGUACUGUCGCGUCGUACCAAGAACAACCCUGUGUUGAUCGGCUCAGCAGGUACUGGUAAAACAGCAGUAUUAGAAGGUCUUGCGCAGCGCAUUGUCCAAGGUGACGUGCCCGAAAGUAUCAAGAACAAGCGCGUGAUCUCGCUGGACUUGGGCUCGCUCAUUGCAGGUGCCAAGUUCCGCGGUGACUUUGAGGAGCGCCUCAAGUCCGUGCUAAAGGAAGUUGAAGACGCUCAAGGUGGUGUCAUCCUCUUUAUUGACGAACUCCAUACAUUGCUGGGACUGGGCAAGGCUGAGGGCAGCAUCGAUGCAAGCAAUCUGCUAAAGCCAGCUUUGUCCCGGGGAGAUCUUCAAUGCUGUGGUGCCACCACUUUGAACGAAUACCGUCUGAUCGAGAAGGAUGUCGCACUGGCUCGACGCUUCCAGCCCAUCCUAGUCAAUGAGCCAUCCGUUGCUUCAACAAUUUCCAUUCUGCGCGGCAUCAAGAACAAAUACGAAGUCCACCAUGGCGUUCGAAUCACUGACGGCGCUCUGGUUGCUGCCGCCACCUAUAGCAACCGUUAUAUCACCGAUCGCUUUCUCCCUGACAAGGCGAUUGAUCUGGUAGAUGAAGCGGCUUCAGCACUUCGCUUGCAGCAAGAAUCCAAGCCCGACUCUAUUCGAGAGUUGGAGCGUGAUAUCACCACUAUUCAGAUCGAACUCGAGUCUUUGCGUAAAGAAACCGAUGUUAGCAGCCGUGAGCGAAGAGAAAAGCUCCAGGAGGAUCUCAAAAUCAAGAAAGAGGAGGCUGGUAAAUUGACUGAGGUAUGGGAAAAAGAGAAACUUGAAAUCGACGGUAUCAAGCGAACGAAAGAAGAGUUGGAGCAAGCGCGAUUUCAACUAGAACAGGCGCAACGCGAGGGCAACUUCGCCAAGGCGGGAGAGCUUCGUUACUCCACAAUCCCUGGUCUAGAAAGUAAGCUACCCAAGGAGGGAGCGGAGAUGGAUGGUGGGGACACCCUAAUCCACGACUCUGUCACCGCUGACGACAUUGGAAAUGUGGUUUCUCGGACCACGGGUAUCCCGGUCAACAAACUAAUGGCGGGAGACGUCGAGAAGUUGAUUCACAUGGAAGACACCCUUCGAAAAUCGGUUCGAGGACAAGACGAAGCUCUCUCUGCAGUUGCCAAUGCUGUUCGAAUGCAAAGGGCGGGCCUCAGUGGUGAGAACCGGCCGCUAGCAUCAUUCAUGUUCCUUGGCCCGACUGGCGUAGGCAAGACAGAGCUCUGCAAGAAGAUGGCUGAGUUCCUUUUCUCCUCUGAGACUGCUGUUGUGCGAUUUGAUAUGAGUGAAUUCCAAGAGAAGCACACCAUUAGUCGCUUGAUUGGCUCUCCUGCUGGAUACGUUGGUUAUGACGAUGCUGGUCAACUGACUGAGGCUGUCCGGCGAAAGCCAUACGCCGUUCUAUUGUUUGACGAAUUUGAGAAGGCUCAUCGAGACAUCUCGGCUUUGCUUUUGCAGGUCCUCGAUGAGGGCUUUUUGACAGAUGCCCAGGGCCACAAGGUCGACUUCCGAAACACUUUGAUUGUUUUGACUUCCAACCUUGGUGCCGAAAUUCUUGUUGGAGGCGAUCCCUUACACCACUACAAGGAUAGUGGCGAGGCCGAAGCUGUCAUGGAUGUUGUUCAGCAUGCUUAUCCGCCAGAGUUUUUGAACCGGAUUGAUGAGUUCAUCAUCUUCAAGCGCCUUUCAAGGGAAGCCUUGCGGGAUAUCGUUGAUAUCAGAAUCAAGGAGUUACAAGGCCGGCUUGAUAGCCGCCGCAUGACUCUUCAGGUGGAUGAUGAGAUUAAAGAUUGGUUGUGCGAGCGCGGCUAUGACCCCAAAUUCGGUGCUCGUCCCCUGAAUCGUCUCAUCGCCAAAGAGAUUGGAAACCGGCUGGCCGAUAAGAUCAUUCGUGGCGAGAUUGUUUCUGGCCAGAGUGCUCAUGUUUCCCUCAAUGAUGACAAAACUGCCUUGGUGGUUACACCCAAGGAGAUUGAAGAAAAAGCAUAA